AAAAAAAAGAGAACACAUUUCCUGAUGUCAUUACUAAAUCAAAAGGUUGCUUGGCAAACAGAUGUUGUGAGAGGCCGAACAUAUGGAUUUAGUGUCAUAAAUUAACAAGCUGGUUGUGAGAAACCCUAAACCAUAGAUUUCAUUUUUAAUUCAAUCAGUGAAAGCACCUCUCUUGCACACAAUUUUUUUUUUUUAAGUGGUGAGUAGGGACAGUGAGAAACUAUCUUCCAGAUGUAUCACACACAUGAGCAAGAUUUCCCGUACUUGUAGCGUUAAUUACAGAAUGUUUUCCUACUAGCAUGCACGCGUAACGAUAGUUGGCCCUUUAAACAGCUGGUCAACUCUGACAAACAACUCUUUCCAGGUUUGGUCAAAUUAACCUAAAUAUGAAAUCAUGGCUGUCUGCAGAGCACACCCUGCAGAGUCAUGAUUACAUCCACCCCGAAACGCUAAGUCCUAAAUGUUUACUUAUGUUUCCUAUUUGGCAGAGGCAGCCCAAAAGGCAAAUAAAUCACAUGCUGUGAGCUGGCCAGGCCUUCGACUGUGAGAAACUGAGACUAAAAAGCAGAACAAGAGUUAAAGAGUAAAGGGUUUUCAGAUGUGAGUCCAGCCCCAGCUUGGGUGUGCUCCCUUUUAUUUGGGAGAAUGGAGAGGACAAUCUUUGUUGCCUCCACCCCUUUAAAAGCGGAAGAAAUUUUUAAAGAAACAUGUGUUAGAGAGGGGGAGAGCUGCUGCCAAGGCGCAGGGCCAUCAGACAGAUCUUCGAAGAACAUCUGGUAACCGCGGGUAACAUUGUUUGGACAUCUGGUAACCGAAGAUUGCACUGCUUCUCUUCCAUCCUGUCGGGUUUCCUGUUAUGCCUCGCUGUGCGAAGUCUAAGAAGUUUUGGUUUUUUAUACAUGGUUAUACGCUGGGGAAAACACACCUUUAUUCAUUUUUUCUGACAUGAAGGGAGCACUUGGUUUCAUAGGGUUAUUCCUCUCCUUUCUCUUCGAUGCCACUGGACAGUUUGUUUGUGAAGAUGAGUCAGAUGGAAUGGGCUGCCUCUCCGACAUGUUUGCUGUUUACUGUGUGCAAAGUUUUAAGCUUGCAAUGGCAUCACUGAACGAAACCGACUGGUGCGUUUGGAGUAAGGUAAACAGUUGGUACAGCAACCUAAGCAUGUGUACAGAAGACAUAUGUGACUUAUACUUCAUCCCAUGGCCCAACCGUGUGGUGGAACAGACCUUUUUGGACAUUCAUUCCCUUUUUUUCAAGGAUUGUCCCACAGAUGAGCUAAGUGACCCACCACCUGCCAUCAUGUUUGCUUUGGUCAUCACGCCCAUCUGCCUGAUCCCUGUCAUGGUUAGCCUGGUGGUACUUAAGACCAAAAAUGGUGAUGGCAACUCCUGAUAACCUAAAAUCUCUGCUCAGCUAUGUUCUCUCUUUUCCCCUAACCUUGUUUACAGACUGCUCAUACACUUUCAUCUCAGCAGAGACUGAAUCUUUAGAUCUUCUGCACUUCACAACUUAAAUUAGCCACAUAGACAUAGUUGGCACUAUCUCAGAGAUAAUGUUCUGUGGCAUCACAGCUGUUUCUCUUAGGUGACAUACUUCUUAAUACAGACAAACACUGUCAGAAACUAUGUUCUGUACUAUACUGUAUCUCAUUUACUGUGACAAAAAUGUUUUGUUUUAAACCACUUGACACUAGAGUUGGCCGUUGCUUGAAGCAUUGGUCAUCUCUUGUUUGCUCACAGUAUUUCAUUUAUACUGGAGAACCCAAUAUUUGUGAUUAGCCUGACGAAAGCUCCGGAGCUUGUAAAAGUAGAAACAAAAUUUGUAUUGACACUUUGUUUUAUGCAAGACACUCGGGCUGAUGAAAGACAAGGUAAAGUUUAUUACUGAGCUGCUUUUGCAUUCAUAGACAAUGUUUUGUUAGUUUUUUUGCUGUUAAACUUUGAGCCUAAAAAUAUAAAAUAUAUUUAUGAAGACAGCAUUUAGAAACUAAAUGAUUUUUAAUUCUGAAAAGGAGAAAGAUGUUCAUAUCUGAUCUUUGACAAAGGUCCUAAACACUCAAUAGUGUGUAUGUGUAGGGAGGAGAAGAAGUUAACCAUAUGCAUGGAUCUAGUUAUUCAAGUCACAGCACACAAAUUGUUCAAAGGGUCGAGGCCUGUUUUUAUUAACUGUAAGUAAUCUUCAUACUCAUGUGAUGAGAAGCUGGUUAAAAGAAAAUCGUAUCUCCCUCCAGACAAAAGACAUUUUAAGUUGCCUGCACAGAAUUGUGACAAACACUGAACAAUGACAAAAAGAUAAAAGUCUUAUCUUUAGCCCUGAAUGACAAUAAAGCCACUAUAAGUGCUUUCAGAUUUAGAACAAAAAUGUGUAUUUAUAUACUCUUAUGUAUUUCUGCUAUUGUCAGGACUUCAUGGACUUACUGUGAAAGUACAUCCUGCCUGCUCUCAUGCCAUGAACUGUAUGCAUUUUUAUUUUUUAUAUUUUAAACCAAUAAAUCUACAGUUGUAUGCUUACUAUGACUUGUAAAUACAGUACCAUUCUUGUGAAAUUACCCUUUCACCUUUGCAGCUAUUUGAUUAAACACCCUUUUCCCUUGUGUGUAA